UUGGCUCAAGGCUCAAGGCUCCGCAAACGUUCAUUUUCUCCUGCCUGGGGAACCUCCGCGAAGGUGAACGUUGAGCUAGCGUGUUGUUUUGCUCUGCUUACGCAACUGCCCAUCUCCCUGUACAUCUUGCUUGUCAUUGUUGGCCUCUCAUAUUCAUUUCUCGUUGCGGUUCGGCGGUGGCAAUUUGUAUACGCUGACUUGUUCCUCACUGCCCAGAGUGGUGCUCGUAAGUCUCGGUUCUUUCAGAUCUGCCUUGAGUGGAUUGCAUAUUGUUCAAUUUGCAGUAUAUCAUUGUUGUGUCUCUCAGGUGUCCUCACACAUCUCCCCUCAGUUUUCUGCCAUAUACCUAUCAUUUGUGGUCUUGUUUGUGCCAGAUGCCUCAUGUGCGGAGUCUCGCAUCCAGGUGUUUGCGUCGGGCUCGGGCUUGUCAACUUAGAUGGGUUCGACCGAAUUGUCCUCUUCCGUUGGUGCUCGAAGGCCUAGUCGCCCGCGACACGGUCUUGCAUGCAGAGUUGGAUGCUCAGGCGAAUGAGUUGUUGACAGCAUUACUCCAUCCCUCUGAUAGCUGCCCGAUAGUUGAUUCCGUUGCACUUCGCGGUUUUUCUUCUGCUAUUGAUGCUGGGGUCCAGGUUGACGAGGUCGAACAUCCUUUUCAAAGCAUUCGAGUAUUUUCAAUUGAUGCUGGUGUCCAGGUUGACGAAGUGCACUCCCCCUUUCAAAGCAUUCGAGUGUCUUCAAUGGAUGCUGAGGUCCAAGUGAAUUCUCAAAGCAUUCCAGUUUCUUCAAUGGGUGCCGGCGUGCAAAUUCAGUUCACUUGCGAGGACGCCUGUGUGCAAACUCAGUUCACUCCAAUGGAUGCUGGCGUGCAUACUCAGUUCACUUUGAAGGACGCCUGUGUGCAAACUCAGUUCACUUUCCAGGACGCCGACGGGAAUAGUGUUAAAUUGCGCCUUCAUGAGUCAGCCUCUUGUGGGAAGGAUGUGCAGGCAGUGGUCUCAUCUUCUUCUGACAUGUAUGCAGUUCUUUCAUCUUCUUCUUCUGAUGUGAAGGCAGUGGUCUCAUCUUCUUCCGAUGUGAAGGCAGUGGUCUCACCUUCUUCGGACGUGUAUGCAGUUCUUUCAUCUUAUCCUCUGGAGGCGGAGGAGGAGUUGGAGGCAGUAUCCGAUGUCACGCUCGCUGUGGUAUCGAACCCUGGCUGUGCGCAGAGUGCUUCUUUGGCUGAUGUAAGGGCUCACUCGUUGGUUCCCGUGGUACCUCUUUCGAGUGCAGAGUUUUCUUCGACGCCCAAAGUGCAGGCAGAUUCCGAUGUCACGCUCAAUGUUGUAUUGAAUCCAGGCUGUGUCCCCACUUAUGAUAUUGAGUUCCCUGCGCCGCGGGAAUUGGUGACGUGCUGCGCAGAUGAUGUACACGAUACUUGGGUGCCUAAAUGUUUCAUUGUUGGUGCUUGGAGGGAGGCUGCGAGUGGCGAGAGUCUCCAGGACGUCCUCCACCCAGAGAGCGGGUAUGCGGGUUAUGCUGGUCUGAGUGAGUCUCUUGGGACGCCGUUGGAGGGUUUUCUCCUUAUGGGCGCUGAGAAUGAGUUCAAGUGUAUCCGCAGGGUCAGCAAGUCCGAGGUGGGCUCCAUUCUUGCGGCGUCCCCAGAGGUCCAACGGCACCCACUGUAUGUUGACUUGGGAUGUGCGAAGUUCUUCGACCCUUUCACAGUGGUCGUGCGCACGUAUGUCGCUAUGGGGGACGUCAUUUGCGGUGCGAAGUUACUACAUAUGCGACUCGCCGACGUCCUUCCCCUGCUCGGUAUGCUGCACAAUGCUGUCUCAGUCGAGGAGGCGGUGCGGAAUCCGCAAAUGUCCAGUGCGAGAUUUGAAGAACUGGAGUGGUCGUACAUGGACCUGUGCCAUAUGCCUGCACCAUCGGAGCUUAUGGAUUUCGACUGGCAUCCAUACGGCUGGACUUAUGAUGAGAUGUGUGCCUUUUACUUUUAUCCUGCGCCACAUGAGUAUUGUGUAAUAGGCUACUCGUAAUCUUCUUUCUGCCCUGCUUUCCCCUUAACUCCGAUCGUUGAAACGUUGCCUGACCUUCAAAGGAGGUUCACUGUGUAGGUGUGCCGCCUGAACGCUUUGUGCGUUGCCCGUUCGCUGCGUUCGCUGCUUCGGGACUCGUUCUCCUCCAGCUGCUUUACAGCUGGUGCACAGGAGCGCAAACAAACAAACA